AACCACAGGUGUGGCGAAGGGAGACGCGCCACGAUCAGCACUUGCAGAAGAGUCAAGUCGGAUGACGUGAAUGAAAACAUGCCGCAGAGGAAACUUUGAGGGAAGUUUGUCCUCGACUCAACUUUUUCUUCGUUUGCGAAAUUAGAUGGAGUGAUUGAAUCUCGACAUUCGUUUGAAUCGCUGCGCAAGGUGCUCUGCCAAAAAAAAAAAAAAAAUGGAUUUAGGCUUCCUCACACGAAGAGGACUUUUAUUCCUCGUUUUCACAGUGUUGAGUUUUCUGCAUGGAUCCAGGGGAGAGAUCCCUCCCAAACCAACCGGCGGUGUCACGCUCGUGCCCCCGGUAAAGCCCGACGAUGUCCCCCAGGCGUAUCCAGACGGACCCAAGUCCAACUUACCGGUCUUUACCAUGGAUUAUCCCAGGAUACAGAUCCCCUUCGAGAUCACUCUGUGGGUGCUGCUGGCUUCAUUCGCAAAGAUUGGUUUCCAUGUGUACCACAAGAUCACCAUCUGGGUGCCGGAGUCGUGCCUGCUGAUCAGCGUCGGUCUGAUCGUGGGGGGCAUCAUGCACUCAGUCCACGAGGAGCCCCCCGCCGUGCUCUCCAGCACCGUCUUCUUCCUCUACAUGUUGCCCCCCAUCGUCCUCGACUCGGGCUACUUCAUGCCCACCAGGCCCUUCUUUGAGAACAUCGGCACGGUGUUGUGGUUUGCAGUGGUGGGGACUCUGUGGAACAGCAUCGGCAUCGGCAUGUCUCUGUUCGCCAUAUGCCAGAUUGAGGCUUUCGGCGUCCAGGACCUCAACCUCCAGGAGAACCUGCUGUUCGCCACCAUCAUCUCGGCCGUGGACCCGGUGGCCGUGCUGAGCGUGUUCGAGGACGUGUCCGUGAACGAGCAGCUCUACAUCGUGGUGUUCGGGGAAUGCCUCUUCAAUGAUGCCGUCACUGUGGUGCUGUACAACAUGUUCAGCUUUGUGGCGGACAUGCCGGUGGUGGAGCCGGUGGACGUUUUCCUCGGGGUGGCGAGGUUCUUCGUGGUCGGUCUCGGUGGGAUGGGCUUCGGCAUUCUGUUUGGCUUCGUGGCCGCCUUCACCACGAGAUUCACCUCCAAGGUCCGAGAGAUCGAGCCCCUCUUCAUAUUCAUGUACAGCUACCUGGCCUAUUUGGUGGCCGAGCUCUUCGCCAUCUCAUCCAUCAUGGCCAUCGUCACCUGUGCCCUCACCAUGAAAUACUAUGUGGAGGAAAAUGUUUCCCAGCGUUCCUGCACGACCAUCCGCCACGUGGUCAAGAUGCUGGGCUGCAUCUCCGAGACCCUCAUCUUCUUCUUCCUCGGGGUCGUCACGAUAACAACGGAACACGAGUGGAACUGGGGCUACAUCCUGUGCACGCUGCUCUUUGCCUUUGUGUGGAGAGGUCUUGGUGUCCUGGUGCUGACGCAGAUCAUUAACCCUUUCCGCACCAUCCCCUUCCAAAUGAAAGAUCAGUUUGGUAUGGCCUACGGCGGCCUGCGAGGUGCAAUUUCAUUCGCCCUAGCUUUCACGCUUCCCGAUAGCAUCGGCCGCAAGCAGCUUUUCAUCACGGCCACCAUCGCCAUCAUCCUCUUCACCGUGUUUCUGCAGGGCAUCAGUAUCCGUCCUUUGAUCGAGUUCAUCAAUGUCCGCAGAACCAACCGCAAUCUUGACACCAUCAACGUGGAGAUCCACUGCAGGCUCAUGGAGCACACCAUAUCGGGCAUAGAGGACCUCUGUGGACAGUGGAGCCACUUCUACUGGAAGGACAAGUUCAUGAAAUUCAACAAUCGAAUCCUGCGUAGGAUCCUGAUCCGGGACAGUCGCGCCGAGUCCAGUAUUGUGGCUCUGUACAAGAAGCUGGAGCUGCAGAACGCCAUGGAGAUCCUGGACACGGUGUCGGGAGACAUCAGUGCCGCUCCGUCUAAAGUCUCUCUCUAUGAGGAAAAGAAAAGCUCUGCUAAACCUAAGAGGAAGUUCAUGGCUGGCGACCUGAAGAACAUGCAUGACAUCCUGUCCAAGAACAUGUACAAGAUCAGGCAACGGACGGUGGCCUUCACGGGUAAGCACGCCCUGCCCAAUGACGCCCAAACCAAAGAGAUACUGAUCAGACGCCAUGCGAGCAUCCGCCGCAGCCUGCGACCUGGCAGCUUUCAGACAUCGGCGGUGCCCAAGUCUCAGAAGUACUUCUCUCUUCCUGCUGGGCAGAGUCUCGACUCAAAAUUGUUUCCCCCUGAGAGACUGAGCUAUGCAGAUGAUCAGGAAACCAUGUCCGAGGUGGCCUACCCCUCCAAACGCUCUCGGUUUGGCCAGCCAGCGCGCUCCUCCUCCAGAGCCAUGAUGCCCCUGCAGAGGCUCGAUACCCUCACAGAAGUGUCCUCUGUUGACGUUCUGAACGAAGGCCGAGGUGAGAGGGGCAGGCCGGGGCGUGGCAGAACAAACUCCUCCUCCAGUGGUUCCCGUGUGCCUGCUCCUCGCCGUCACAUCACCCCCUCUGCUGACGAUGACAACGGCUCAGCUGACGACUUUACAAAUGUGCGUCAGGAAGCAGCAGCAGAAGAGGAGGAGCGGCAGCAGGAGGAGCAGCCUUCCUCUCGACCUCCUGCCUGGGCUGCUGAACCCAGAGACAACGUGGCGACACGAAACCCUCUGCUCAAGCGGCCGCAGUGGAACCCGAAGAAGAUGUAAAAGUUGUUUCCUUGGGCAUUCAGCGGCAGCUGGACUGCUGCAGACUGAGUCGCGGGUUCUCGAGCAGCCCCAGGGCCUCGAGAUGUAACUGUGUGUUCAUACUGCGUAAAGUCAGUUAUCAGUGGAGAUGCAGUCAUUUCUUCAUAGAGAUGGACCAACUUUAAAAUGAGCCAAAAUGGACAGAAGUCAGAUCUCAGAAGAGCACAGUGCACUAUAGUGGAGGAACUGAGUAUGAACUGUGAACAGUGAAUCAUUCUGACGCUUUGUGUAGUUUUUUUUUAAUUCUUAUCUUUCCGUAGGAUUUUUAAAAAAAAUGUUCAAAGGCGAUGUAAGUUAAACCUUUUUUUUAUUGUGUCUAUUUCUCUGUUUCUUUACAUGUAAAUAUUAUAGUCUUUUGUACAGAUAUUGCCUGAUGUCUGUUACGGCUGUAUGAUUGAGGAUACACGUUUUUAUUGCUGUGCAGUACAAGUAAACUUGUGUGCCUGUUACAGUCAUGGAUCCCACAAAUCUGGGAACACCUUGUAACCGUUUUCUUAAUCCCGU